AUGUCCUUCGAUUUGGAGCAAAGACAAACUGCAGCACUGCAGGAAAUGCUGCAGCUGCGAAAACCCCAAAACAGCGCCUUUGGGGGCCCCAGGGGGCCCCUCUCGGGGGGCCCCCAGCAGCCGGGGGGGGGGCCCUGGAAGGUCCUGAUCUUCGACGAGGCUGCGAAGGAUAUUCUGGCUCCCCUGAUGACCGUGGGCGUGCUGCGGCGGCACGGGGUGACCCUGCCGCUGAGCCUGGGGGCCCCCCGGUCCUCCAUUUUGGAGGCCCCUGCGGUUUACUUGAUUGGCAGCAGCAGCAAAAACUUGGAGUUGAUUUUAAAAGAUUUGAAAAACAAAAUUUAUUCUUUUUUUUAUUUCAAUUUCAUUUCCCAAGUCCCCACGCCCUUCCUGCAGGCCCUCGCCGAGGGCGCCGCCAAGGCCACUCAACAGAGUCACUGUGACAACUCCAGGCGAAGGGGGAGCGGCCCCGACGACGAAGGUCUUUGA